GACUGUGCGUUCCUACUGGUCGACCGACGGCCAUACAAUUGAAUAGACAAUAUUCACAUUGGCAUUGGCGUCCCAAACACGUUUUCUCGAUGUGUUAGCCGUGUAAUUUUCAUUCUUUUUGUUCUUUUCAUAAUGUUUUUUAAUCGUUAGUUUAUUUCAUUAUGUUACAUUAGAGUUCAUUAAAACAAACGCGUACAACGCUGAACAAAGUGAAUAAGUAUUUUCGUCGCCUUCGAUUACAGCGCAGUUGAUAAUGGUAAGUACAAAACACGAGUUAUUCAUUAUUAGCCCUGUUAACUAUACACAAUUUCGGUGAUUAUGCAGUUCAUCACACCGCUAUUUUAUAAGUUCAUUAUCUGACUCCCGAAAAUUACUAUAAUGUUAUUUUACAUAUUAUUAUAUAAUAUCAAUUAAAUUGUUGUUUAAGUAUACAUUUUUUAUACAUUAUUGUUUUCUUCUCUAGUACACUUAUACAAGUUUUUACAUUGAACAUGUGCGUGUUGCUAGGUCGUUUUGUUUACUUGGGUAGUGUUACAUUAGUCGUGUAGACUACAAAUACAAAUACACAUUUGACUUGUAAUUAUUUUUUAUUAUUAGGUCAUAAUAACCAUAUUAUAACAUCUUUUUGAGUUGCAUAAUCAUCGCCUAUCACGUUAUUUUCCAAAAAGUCAUUACAUACGUAGUUAAGUCCGUGGCUUGAGUCGAACUAAUAUUAUUUGUUUUGUUACGCAAUUUUUCCUGCCGUUUCCUUCCAUCUCCAGACAAAUUGAUUAUGGCGGACGACUUUGACAUUGAAGCGUUGCUUGAAGCACCCUAUAACAAAAAAGAGCCAGAAACACAGCCGAAAGAAAGUAACGGCACAGAGGAAAAAUCACGUAAAGACAAAUCUCAUAAAAGUAGUCGCCAUCGUACUAGAUCUCGGUCACGUGAUAAAUCGCGUAAACGUAGCCGAUCCAAAGAACGUAAACACAGACGAAAAAGUCGUUCUAGAGAUAGACAUCGUAGUCGUUCUAGAGACCGACAUGCACGACGACGGUCUAAAGAUAAACGAAGUCGUUCACGGUCACCUGUUAAACUACCUAAAUAUGGACCGCCUUUACCUCCUCCUCGAUAUAAUAGAAAACCAUCGCCUCUAGCAUCCAAAGUGCCACCGGCCAGCAUGUUAACUCCUGAGGAAAGAGAUGCUAGAACUGUAUUUUGUAUGCAACUUUCAAAAACUAUUCGUGCUAGAGAUUUAGAAGAGUUUUUUUCAUCUGUUGGCAAAGUCAGGGAUGUUAGGAUGAUCACUUGUAAUAAAACGCGGCGGUUUAAGGGUAUUGCGUAUAUAGAAUUCAAAGAUCCUGAAUCUGUUCCACUCGCUAUGGGUCUUAAUGGCCAAAAACUUUUAGGCGUUCCUAUUGUUGUUCAACCUACACAGGCAGAAAAAAAUCGAAUGGCUAAUUCUAUGCCCAAUAUGGUUCAUCAGCGUACACAUUAUGGACCAAUGAAAUUAUAUGUUGGUUCAUUACAUUAUAAUAUUACUGAAGAUAUGUUAAGGGGCAUAUUUGAACCUUUUGGACAUGUAGAUAAUAUACAAUUAAUGAUGGACACUGAAACUGGGCGGUCUAAAGGCUAUGGAUUUUUGACAUAUCGCAAUGCUGAAGAUGCUAAGAAAGCCCUAGAACAUUUAAAUGGUUUCGAAAUUGCCGGCCGACCUAUGAAAGUUGGCCACGUGACUGAAAAUCAUUCUAUGUACGACAAAACUGCAUUUGAAGUGGAUGAAUUGGACAGAGCUGGUUAUGAUUUGGGGGCUACUGGUAGAUUACAACUGAUGUACAAAUUGGCAGAAGGUACUGGAUUUCCAAUUCCACAAGCUGCGACUAAUGCAUUACAAGUUGCUACUGGAGUGACACCAACCGCUCCAGCCACACCUACAGUCCAAGUUAACCCUCCUAUAGCCACCCAAUGUUUCUUAUUGGCCAACAUGUUUGAUCCAAAUAAAGAAGACGUGGACAGUAAUACUACAUGGGAAAAUGAAAUUAGGGACGAUGUUAUCGAAGAAUGUAACAAACAUGGUGGCGUUUUACAUGUAUAUGUGGAUAAAGCGUCUCCACAAGGCAAUGUAUAUGUUAAAUGUACUACAAUUGAAACUGCGCUCGCGUCUGUAGCAGCUUUACAUGGACGGUGGUUCGGUGGACGUGUAAUAACUGCAGCUUAUGUGCCUGUAACAAACUAUCACAAUUUGUUUCCGGAAGCUCCAUCAUUUACAAAACUGUUGGUAUCGUCCAGAACUAAAAACUAACAAUUUUUAUACAAAAUUUAAUUAUUUUAUUUUUUUAAACUUUCAAUGUAAAUCUUAAUAUUCUCUCUAGAGUAAAGAAUACCCAUCUGCCCAAACAUAUUUUUAGUCGACUUUUUUGAUAGGUUAUUUAUAAUUAAUUUCUGGUUACUUGAACAUAAAAUAUCAAAUUUAAUUUGUAGAAGUUACCUAUACCAAUUUCUUAAAUUUCAUUUAUACAUACUUUUUCCAUGUGAACUGACAUCAAUAGUAGUAGAAAGUCAUUUUAUGUCUGAGUAUUUGAAAUAAAAUUAAGUAGUUAGGCUACCUACAACUGUUAGAAUUUUUUUUUUCUUUUUUUUUUUUACAUUUUGUUAGCCUUCAUCAGAAUAUAAUUCCUUUCUUUUGAUGGCAUAAUCAUGUUUAAACAAUUUUUUAGUGUACUAAUAAUAAAUGUCAAAAAAAAAUCUACAAAAUUUAUUUAUUUGUAAUGUAUUGUAUAACUAUUAAAACUAGUUGUUAUUUUUUCUAUUCAUCCUGGUUCACUAUAUUACCUAUUCCGAUUCACUAGCAAAUUUAUGAAUCUAAUUUAAAUAGAAAACAUACAUAAUAUUGAUGUACCUAUUUAUUUAUAUUAUUGACGAAAAAUGCAUGUGAACUUCUAAAUUAUUUAUUUGACCACUUAAUCCUAUUAUACUAUAAAAUAUUACUUUGAUUCUUGGUAAUAAUGGAGCAAAUAUGUAUAAUAUGUAUAUAAAUUAAUAUACUUAGUUGCUUAUGUUUAAAGGUUAAUUAAAUGUUUUGUUUUAAAGCAAUGAAAUAUUCGUAUUUACCUAUUACAUAACCAUUAUUUAUUUUAAAGCAAAUAAUUAUUUAAAUAUUUAUUCAACUAAAUUUCAAACUUUUUGUUGUAUUUUAGUACAAUUCUUUUACAUAUUUAAACCUAGUAAAUAAUAAUAAUAAUAAUUUUGAAAUUAUUAUAUCCAUUUUAACUUGUGCUAGUUAAACAAUACAUUAAUACUAAAAUUAAAUAAUUCUAGUAUAGUAAGUUACACAGCAAAUAAUAAAUUAGCACAAUUAUUAAAUUUUUAAAUGUAACUGCUGCUGUUCAUAGAAAAAGAAAAUAGAACAAACUAUUGUUUAUCGUAAAGUUUUCCACUUUAAUCAUUCAUUAUUUAAAAAAUAUAUAUUAAUGAGAAGAUAAUAUAAUAAUACAUUUUGAAAUUUGAAAACUACUUAGGUUUAUUGUGGUGAAAUUACACAUAAUAAUUUGUAUAGAGUUAUUUUUGUGCUUAUUCACAAUAAGAUUAAGAUAAACUUGAUUGAUAUUUGCUGUUUACUAUCAUCAAAUAAUUUAUUAAUUAAGAAAUACUCUCAGACGUAGCUAUUUUAUUUAAACAUUUAAUUUAUAACUUGAACACUGUAAAUAGUGUGAGGUGGACUUGAGGACACUUUACAUAAGUUCAGUUUUGAAAUAAUUCCACAACAUUUUUAUAGAAUGGGUAAUUUUGUAUUUUUAAAAAAACUAUUAUUUAUAAUUAUUUUAUUUUUAUGUAAUAUCAAUUAUUCUGUACAUUACAUAUGGGAUCACUUUGAUAUUCUUAUUUUUUUUCUAUGUUCAAUCAAUAUUGCAUAGAAACCUAUCGAUAUCAUCUCGCAUAAUAUUUGACCCAGUAGUUUUAAAGUUGUAGCAUAAAAUGUCCAAUGAAGUGAGAAUAAAUAAGAUUUUUCAAAUGAGAUAAUAAGUAGACUUUUAGAAUAAAAAAUUAAUUCUUCAAAUCAAAUAAUAUAAAAUUGACGAUAUCUUUGCCUUUAAAAAUCUUUUGAAAAAUAACAUCCGUCUAUACAAUGGAUUGUAUCAAUAGGAAAUAAUAUGUUAUAAUUGUUAAUCAGCUAAAUAAAACAAUUAUUUAUACAUGAAAUGUGUAGUCACACAGAUUAAAUGCAACAAAAAUCAAUUUUUCUCCAUAAUAUAUAACAUAAAAAUGUUGCCAUAAUAAAUUUCUCUAUAUGAGAUGCUUGUUGAAAAUACAUGAAUAAUUUAGGUAUAGUACAAUUGUAUUUAUCUAUAAGCUGUAUUAAAAUUUUAAACAAUAUGCUAAAAACUUGACAAUUUAUUGUAAGAAAUUGUAUUAAUUUAUAAAUUAGAUUUGUUUUAAUUUUUUUCUCUAAUAUCUAUAUGAAUAGAACAUAAAAAUAAAAUUUAAGUAUUGAUAUGGUUAAAUAUAUAACUUUUGUAUAAAGUGUCCUCAAGGAUUUCUCACAUAACACCACUAUAUAAAAUAUACAAUUUAUUACACAUAAUUAUUUAUAACCAAAUAUGAGUAAAAUACAACUUAAUCAUGUAUAAAAUAUUGUGUUAAUAAUCAAUAUUACUCAUAAAAGUAAAAUUGAUAUUUUAUGUAACAAUUAUUAUACAACCAAAAGUUUAAAUUUUAAUAUUUCAAAUGAAAUAUUUUCUUAUUCAAACCAGUCGCUAAUGUUCAUAUAGAAAAUAAAAUUUUCACAUAAUAAAUAUUGUUGUCUAUAAAAAAAAAAAAUUAACAGGUUUUAUUUUUAUGAAUAAAUAUAUUAUUUUAAUAUUAUGGACGUAUAACAAAUUAUAUGAACUGUUUAGCUAAAUGUUCGUAACUAAGCUAGUUCAUACAUUUUAGUUAAGUAUAGUAUUAUAUUAUUACCCUUCAAACAUUGUCAAAAAUUGAAAAUUCUAUCUGUAUUAAAGUAAUCAAUUUUAAAGCAAUAUUUUAAUAUUACAUAAUACACUAAAGAAAUAUUUACUUUAUAUCAAUAAAUUAUAUGUGUAUUUAUUAUAUAUAUAAUUUUUAAAAAAAAUGUUAAAUAAAUCAAAAAUAUUUUCAUAUAUUUAAACAAAUUAUUUUCGAAUAGCCUGUAUAAUGCUAAAUAUUUUACUAAUAGUUACUACUACUACUAAUAACACCAUUAUUUAGAUAUAAUAUUAUACCUGUAUAUUGUUUUAUUAAAUUCAAUAUGUUAAUAUUAUACCAUAAACAAUAUAAACCUGUGUAUUUUUCUGUUUAUAAUUAAAUAAAUAUUAAUAUUACAAACCUAUCAUUAUUUUCUUACUAGUUGUAAUAUGUAGUACAUAUAUAUAUAUAUAUAAACUUUCAAUUUGUGUUUUUAUAUUUUUUGUUAUUUUUUAAGUAUACUUAAAAAUGUAUGUAUUAUAUGAAAAACAUUAAAUUGUAAUGACUAAGACAACUGAAAGAUUCAUUGAAAUAAAUAAUAUUACUUUAAAUAAAAAAAAAUUGUCUUAACUAAUUUAUAAUUUUAUAAUAAAAUAGUUGACCAUAACAAUAUUCUUAUAAUUAUUUACACCAUUCGGUAUGGUUUUUUUUUUUUUUUGUUAAAAUAAGUUCAUUUUUAUUUGUGUAUUUUGAGUGCCUUUUAUUGUACGGAUUAAGAUAGAUACUAGAUUUAGUAGAAUUUUCGUUCUAAAUAUCUUCAUUUCCGCAGGCGAAACUAACAGUCCUUUACGAGCAUGCCACCGGCUUCACGCUGUUUAAAGUUAAAGAAUUUGAAGAAAUAGGUUCAGAAUUAGCACAAGUUGAAAAAUCUGUGCGCGACUUACAGCGUUUCACCAAAAUUGUUGAGCUAUUGGCAUUUGCUCCUUUCAAAACCUCUGUUGACGCAUUGGAAUCCAUCAACAGCAUUUCUGAAGGUACAAAAACAAAACAAUAAAAUCUGAUGUCCGUCUGCUGUGUGUCCUGGUUUCAUCAAGUUCUUUAUUAUCACAUUCAUAGGUGUUUUGCCAGAGAGUCUGCAAAUUUUUUUAGAAACCAAUAUACCUAAAGUGGGUAAAAUGUCAAAGGUCACAUUGGGAGUUGCUGACAGCAAAUUGGGUGCGAGCAUAAAUGAAAAACUUGGGCUCAAGAUACAACAUACUGGAUUUUUGCUCGAAAUAUUGAGAGGUCGGUUUAGUUAAUUUUAAUUUUGCUUUGGUAUAACAAUUUUAAAUAAGAAUGUUUUAUUUUUAUCAUGCUUUGAUUAAAUUAUUUUCUUAUAAAAUAUCCUAAUGGAAUUUUUUUUUUUUUUUUAAUGCUCCUUAAAUCUUUAAAUGUUUUUUUUUUUAUGUUUCAGGUAAGUUAUCUUUAUUACUUUUACAACUUCUUUGUAUAUAACUUAUAUAUUUAGGUAUUUAUUGUAAUUAUAAUUAAAUGUUUGUAUUAUAUUAUGCAGGUAUUAGAUUCCACUUUCCAUCCCUCAUGAAGGGAUUCGCACCAAAAUUGGAGGGUAUUGCCCAAUUAGGAUUAGGUCAUAGUUAUUCUAGAGCUAAAGUAAAGUUUAAUGUCAAUAAAGUGGAUAACAUGAUUAUACACAGUGUUUCAUUACUUGAUCAGUUAGACAAGGAUCUGAACACAUAUUCUAUGCGUAUCAGGUAAUAAUAAAUAUUUGAAUACUUAAUAAAAUUUAAUAAAUUAAAUAGUUAUAUCGAUUACACUUAAAAUUAUAUCCUUUGUUUUGUUUCAUAUAAUUAGAGAGUGGUACUCUUAUCAUUUCCCAGAACUUUACAAGAUAGUUCCUGAAAACUAUUUAUAUGCUAAAGUAGUGAAGUAUAUUGGUGAUCGUAAGCAGCUCACUGAAGAAAAAGUCGAAGGUCUUGAAGAGAUUAUAAUGGAUUCGGGAAAAGCAGCAGCUAUACUGAGUGCUGCAAAGUCUUCAAUGGGUAAUAGUUGUAUAACAAGUAAUUUUAUAUAAUGUAUAAUAAAUAUAUCCUAUAUUCUUAAUUGCUUCAGGUAUGGAUAUUUCUCCAAUUGAUUUAACAAAUGUGUUGAUGUUCACCAACCGUGUUAUAUCAUUGUCUGAAUAUAGAAGAAGUCUAUCUGAGUAUUUGAAAAACAAAAUGGGAACAGUUGCUCCCAACACAGCUGCUUUGAUUGGUGAGCAGGUUGGCGCUAGGCUUAUUUCUAAAGCUGGUUCAUUAACAAACUUAGCUAAAUGUCCGGCAUCUACUGUACAAAUAUUGGGUGCUGAAAAGGCUCUUUUCAGGUAAAUAUAUGAGAUUUAUUUUGUUUAUUUUUUCUCUAUUUUGUUUAUUAAUUUUUUAAGGGCGAUGAAAACCAAGACAAGCACCCCUAAAUAUGGUCUCAUAUAUCAUUCGACAUUCAUUAGUCGCGCUGGUCGACAAUUUAAAGGACGUGCAUCUCGUUUUCUUUCUAAUAAAUUGAGUAUUGCCAGCCGUAUUGAUGCAUUUUCAGGUAUUAUUUUAAUUUUUUAAAACCUAUAAUUUGUGUAUAUUAUAAAAACUAUUUUAUUUAUUAUCAAUGUGUUCUAUGUUUAAGAUAAUACAUCUAAUAUUUUCGGUCAAAAAAUGAAAGAGCAAUGUGAAGAUAGACUUAAAUAUUUUGAAACUGGUGAAAAACCUCCAAAAAAUAUUGAUGUUAUGCAUGAUGCUUUCCAAGAAUCCUGUCAACAGGUAUCAUGUAGACUUAAAAUUUUUAUAAGAAAUUAUAUUUAUUUUAGUUUUUUUUUUUUUUUUUUUCUAGAAUGAAAGUUUGAAUGCAAGUGUCAAGCGCAAGAAAAACAAAAAAGAAAAAAAAAACAAGAAGAAGCAGCCAGAAAAAGAAAAUGGAGAAGAGUAAUUGUCCUGAGUUUCUAUUGCCAAUUUGUUGUAUUAUUAAAUAAAUAUUAGUGUUUUAUUUCAUUAAUGAUUUAUUAUGCAAAAUAUAAUGACAAAUUGUAUAUUA